UUUGUAGGUACGUAACGUAACGUCAUCAUAAUUUUCUUUCAGCAUUUUCAUUCAUUAUUCAUUUGUAAUUUGUAUUGGGUUAGUUAUUUCUGAAAGAUCGCAGGGCACCAUCCUGCAAUUUCGCGUAUAGCCUUAAGUCCAAAGAGGAACUGAGUAUACUGUAAUUCGAUCAAAAAUGAAACGGACUGUAACGUUAUUAUUUGUCUUGAUCGCCAUACCGGCUUCCUAUCAAACAUCGCCACCGGGACCGAGUGGAUCCGUGGUUUUAGACGAGUUCUCUUUCGAUAAAAUCACUAGUAAGUUCGAAGUAACUCUCAUUAAAUUCGACGUGGCAUAUCCUUACGGCGCGAAGCAUGAUGCCUACAUCUCCCUGGUGCAAGAUGCAGUCGACAAGGAUGACCUGCUGAUCGCUGAAGUUGGGGUCAAAGACUACGGAGACCGAGACAACGAGGUUCUAGCUCAGAGGUUCAAUGUAAAGAAAGAAGACUUCCCAGUAGUUAAGUUGCUAAUCCGAGGAAAAGAACCAAUAAACUUUGAUGACUCUAAGGCUGGAUUCACAAGCGACAGUUUACGUCGCUUUAUUCGAGAAAAUACUGGCAUCUAUCUCAGCCUGCCUGGAGCAGUGAAGGAGCUGGAUGCUGUUGCCAAUAAAUUCAUGAAGGCAAACAAUGAGGACAGGAAGAAACUUUUGGAGGAAACUGAGUCUGUUAUGAAGACCUUAUCUGAAAAGGACAAGGCCUAUGGUAAAAUCUACAAGGUGAUAAUGGAUAAAAUAUUAGAAAAGGGAGACCAAUUUGCGGCCACAGAAUACGCUAGAGUUGGGAAGAUACUCAGCGGCAAAGUGUCUGAGGAGAAGAAGAAGGAACUCAGUGUUAAAGUAAACAUCCUGCAGAGUUUCAAACUGCAUGACAACAAGGUUGGCAAGGAGGACCUGUGAGGUGCUCCAAGGAACACUUCAAACACUACUGCGUAUGCCAUAUGACUACAUAAAUCUUACUAACUUAUUUAAUAACUGAAUUUGUGUGACUGAACUGAAAACCAAAUGUAGUUGCUGUUUGUGUAGGCAUGUGGCACACAAUUCUACUAGCUAUAAUAAAUUGUGAUACUUAUAAGCAUUCACUCAUAACAUUCCAUAGGAGUAAUAGCCUUAAUUUUGUUCAUUAGUGGGUAACUAGGUAGUUUAAUUAAUUUUACAAAUAUUUAGUUUUUCGUUGAAAUACCUAGUUUUGUGUUCAAGAUAAGGGUAAAUAAUUUUAUUUAUGUACUUAUUGCGUUAUUUAAGUUAUUUUCAAUACAAGAGAUGUUUGUUUUAAUUUAAUUUCAAUGCACAAGAGUGUGGUAUGUAUUCGUAAGCAAUAAAAGUGUGUGCAAUAUUUA